AUAGAAAACUACUUUUUACAGAUAAUUUAAACCAACUUUUGGUUGAUUGGUUGAAUUUGGGGUUGUGUGGCACAAUGGUCUAGGUAGGACAGAGUGCCAGGUCUAGCCAAUUAUUAAAAUAACCAAAAAGGGCAUACAGCAACAAAUGUGAUAAUUGUUCUGUUAUAUACAGAACUCAGGACAUGCAAGCUUAUUGCCUUCAGAUAUGUCUUUGUAGGUUGAAUUUGUCCGUUUAGUAUAUUAAACCAAUUUUUAACAGAACCUAAAAAAAUUAAUGUAAUAAUUACUAUUCAUUUUUAAUAAAUCAUAAUAAGAUUCAAACCAUUAUUUUGAAAUAAUAAAUAGCCAACAAAAAAAGUAACCGUAACAAUAUCUCUUUACCGAAAUCCUUCAGAGAAAACAUGAGUUCAGAAGAAGCACAGCUCCUCGAAAACAUCUUCUCGACUGUUAAAGAUCAAUUUACAAAAAAAGCAGAUGCGUUCAUCAUUCCUUUACACUGUAGCCUGAUUUCUACAGGAAAAAAAUGCGUCGGAGUCGGUGAAUAUUGGCCGAGAAGUUUCGAUGAGAAUGGAUCUGAAAAUCUACCUGAACGUUGGAAUAAGGAUAAAAUGAAAUACGUACUGAGAUAUUUGGAUUCGGAGAAAAAUCGCUUUUCGCUGGAAGUAAUCGAAUAUAGAGAAAAUCAUCUGUUCAUUAAAUGGCUGCGAGAAAGCGACCAAGCUUCAUACGCUACGACGUUGGAUUUAAACUUCUUCGUUACAGAUGCUUUCAAAGAAUUCCAGACUGCUUACACAAGUAAAUUAAAUGUCUUCAAAGAUCUCGUCGAAUUAAUGUUAAACUCGGUAUUAGUACCUCCCGACAUAAAAGACGACGUUAGCGAUGAUCUAGAACAGCACAGAGAAGAAAUAUUGGCAUCGUAUAGUGAUGAACCAUCAGAUUAUGACGAUGAUUAAAUACCACGCGGACCAGCCGAGUAAAAAUUUAUUAUAAAAUCGAAAAAAAUCAAAAUUAUAAAAAUUAUUUCGUG